GAUACAACCACCAAAAUGGCAUCCCACUCAACUUCCAACCCCUCUACUAGCAUUUCUCUUCCUAUUCCUAUUCCUACCUCGAAAUCCAACCUCCACCUUCUUCCCUGUGAUCCACUGGUGGACAGUCCAGCUAUCCUGGCUCAACAGAUUGCUGCUUUCAGUAACCCCCACGAACCAUUCUUUUUUGUUUUAUUUCCUGAAACCGAAGAGAAGGAAAAGGCGGUUAAAAGGUUGGUUGAUAAUUGGGUGGGAGAUGAGAAGGCGAAGUAUGUGAAGGUUGUUGAUGGGGAUGGUAUGUUUUGAUUUCACCUCACUUCCUUGUUGUGCUUUUAAGUUGGGGCGUGGAUCAAAGUCCGAGGCUUAGAGAGGUUAAGAAUAUACAGAGCUGAAGAAGUACACUGAUAAUUUACCAAGGAACUCUCAUAAGCGCAGCUAAAUGGCUCAUAAAUAACGAAUCAUUGAGUGAGGAACAAAAGAAAGAACGAAUUACAGUUGAUUGGCACGCUGAUCAAGAUUCGAAUGAAUGGGCUGAGUAUCUAAUGAAUUGGGUUCAUCAACAUCAAAUCAGUCGAACGAAAGGCAAGCCUUGCGUUAUCCUUGACAUAUUGACCACGCAUCCCUCCCACCAGCGUCUCGGUGCUGGUACCCUUUUAAUGCAAUAUGGUACCACUAUAGCCGACUCUCUCGAUCUACCAGCGUAUAUAGAGGGGACAAUCAUUGCAAAACACUUAUACGAAGGCCAUGGGUUUAAAGCGGUGCCAGAUAGAUAUAUUGAGGUUGAUGUACCCGAGAAGUGGAGGGGAAGGGAGGAGAGGCCUAAGAUCGAGUUCUUCUUUUAUGAGAGACUAAGGAGUGGGGAGAAUCGUGAUAAAAGUAUUCGUGGGUAGGUUCAGUGGGUAGUGGUUAAUAAGAUGCGGAUCUAAGAAGUCA